GAAGGUUCAACAUACAGAACGGAGAGAGAAAGCUCUGUCUUUUUUUAACAUUCUUCUGUUUAGAAUUUUGUCGUCGAGAGGUUUUUGAGAGGGAGAGAUGGCAAGAAAUGGUGUGUUUUCAAGGCGAAAGAGGUCCGAGAAGAUUGAAGAAUUCGACGAUGUAUUACCGUCGUUUGAUUCUCAAGAAGUUCAUGUUCUCGCUGUUGAUGAUAGUCUCGUUGAUCGCAAAGUAAUUGAACGAUUACUUAAAAUCACCUCCUGUAAAGUGACAGCGGUGGAUAGUGGGAGGAGAGCUCUACAGUUUUUAGGGUUGGAUGAAGAAACGAGCUCCGUUGGUUUUGAUGGUUUGAAGGUGGAUCUAAUAAUCACAGAUUACUGUAUGCCUGGAAUGACUGGUUAUGAGUUGCUCAAGAAGAUCAAGGGAUCAACUACUUUUAGGGAAAUACCAGUUGUGAUCAUGUCAUCCGAAAAUGUUUUGGCACGAAUUGACAGGUGUUUGGAAGAAGGUGCAGAGGAUUUUAUAGUGAAGCCUGUAAAAUUAUCAGAUGUUGAACGUUUGAAGAAUUACAUGUUUGGAGAAGACGGAAUGAAGAGUGAAGAUAGAAGAAGGAUUAACAAGAGAAAGUCGCGAGAGUCAUUGGAUCUCUCCUCCUCAUCAUCACCAUUACAAUCACAAUCAUCGGAUCUCUCAUCAACACCAUCUCCACCGUCUGUUUCAUCACCAUCAUCACCACAAUCCAUCUCAUCGUCUCCAAUUCAUUCGCCGACACCAUGUUCUCCCACAUUGCUGGGGUCUCCAACAAGGCGGCUUAAAAUGACCAAUUGUGAUUAAAAUUAUGAUUAUAACGGUCAUUUUUUGGUCUUUUGUUACCAUUGAAGCAAGCAAAGUAUCUUAAUAUUGGUGAAAAUGGUUUAGCCUGUAAGGCAUUCAGACCGCGACAGAUCUAGCAUAUUCCCCAGGGGAAGGGUAUUAACAAAGACCAAAAUGACUAAGAAGGACGAACUCAAGGACGACCCUUGUCGACACACAGCUGAUCGAUGAAGGUGGGGGGAUUGACCACCCACCCAACUAAGCCCGUGGUGGUGGUUGGACCGAUGAUUUUUCACUACUUAGCAUGGGGUUUCUUUAUUCACAAUUGUAAUCCAAUUUUGUUAUGUGCAGUGGUGAAAUAGUACGAGGAUAAAUAUACUAUGCUUGAUCCAAAAGUGGUUGGAAUCAAAUAGGAUUCAGAAUGAUUAGAUUCCGAUAUGGUUUUUAUUUGAUGUCAAUUCUUGUCUGCUAAAAAGGAAUAUUUGAUUCGGUGAUGAAUGGAACAUAUUUUUAUGUUCCCUUUCAUAGGGGUUGACCCUUUUGUGGUGGAUGUUGGGAUUAAGCGGUCCACGUGUUUGUUAUCUGAAAAAUACUGCUCGG